UCUUGGUCUCCCGGACAGACGAAUAGACAAGCAAGAAAACAAGGUUCCCAUUAAGUCGUAAUAGUAGGUUAGCUCAUUUAUGUCAUUCCAAGUUCCAAGCCAUGUACAUGUGAAUGAGCAGUACAUGUAAAAGUCAGGCCUAAACACAUUUAUUUAACGCAAAGAGAGCAAACGAGAGGGAAGAGGGAAGGGGAGAAGAGAGACCAAAUGAGCAAACAUGAGAUCAAUAAUCGUUGAGGACUGUGUACGCGCAGCAUUAACAUGGUUGCUCGUAGCCUUCGAGGAUUUUACAGUUUUGUCUCCUUCGCCUUCUUUCGUGUUUAGGGCUGUCUCCAUGGUUACCAGCAUUUUCUCGAAUAUUCCUAAUGUUUUGUGUAGAUGUUGCAUCGAGUUAGGACAGUUUAAAAUUGAAUUAUCCACAUUGCUCAAGAUGGCGACCACCGAAGAAGACAAGCGAACACCUGAUGAAAAACAGCUUUUCGAUCUGAUUGAAAAAGGCACUAAUGAAGCUGUCAUCGCCCACGUGAAAGCGUCAAAAGUCAAGAUUGACUGUCUGGAUCCUAAAGGAAUGACACCUUUACAGCUGGCUGCUUUUCGGGGGAACAAAGACCUUUGUGAGUUCUUCCUGGCAAAUGGGGCUGAUGUGAAUUCACACUUCCAUGAGAACUCCUACUCAACUUUGAUGUUUGCUGCUCUGUCAGGCCAGCACCAGUGCGUGAGUGUCAUCAACAACUUUUUCCCGCAGUCAGAGAUCGAUUACUACACCAAGCCUCAAGGUUUGGAGAAAGAAGCUAAACUGCCUGCCUCUGUAGCCCCUUCCCUGUGCAAGCUCAUCAAUUUCUCAAAUCUGCACCCUGUCAAAAUCACUCUGUUCCUACGAGAUCACGCAGAGUUGUUGGCCGAGUCCAAGCGAGUGUGCCUGGUUCUGUCGCGGCUGGUGGAGAAAAACAUGAAAUCUCGAGAGGUCAACGACGUGGUGGCCCUUAAGUGUCACUUCAUCUCCACUGUGGUCAAGCUGGCCGCCGAGGCGAAGGAGAACGACAAGGAGAAGUCGAUCACAGGCUGGCUCAAGAGUUUGACCCGAGGUCGGGACGGAGAUGGCUUCAUGGAGUUCCAGGAGCGGCUCAUCCGACAGUCCCUGAAGGAUUUCCCCUAUGUGAGCUCGGCUCUGCUGCAACAGCUGGUCAGGCAAAUUGCUCCUGUGAAAAUUGGUAAUGAUCCCACUGCAUUCUCACUGCUCACGUCCGCCAUCAAUGGCCAACAGUUUGCCUGGGAUGCUGGCGAGGGCUGCGAAACUUGUGGAGAGGCCAAGGCGGAGGCAAAAUGCUCUAAGUGUAAAAUGGUUGUCUACUGCAACCAGGAGUGUCAGAGGUUGAACUGGCCUACGCAUAAGAAACAAUGUGCUCGUCUCGCUGAGCAAUACAAGAUUCAGGAAGAACAAAAGAAGAAAGAGGAAGAACAGAAACGGUUGGAAGAGGAGAAACUCAAAGAACAGGAGGCGGAAGAAUCACAGAAAGCUGCCUCAGAGGGAGAUAAUCAGGGUGGGGGGGAUGGGGUGGAGGAGGCAAAGACAUCAGAGGCUGAGGUCACUCCAGAGAAACAGGAACAGUUAGAUCCAUCCCAACAUGAGGCUUGUGCCAACGAGAGUUGAUUGUGGCUUAACAGUAGUGUGGGGGAGGGACAAGGAGGAGAGGUGAAUGGAACAGCAGAAAAACUUGAUUGGCUGGAAAUGGUGGUGCGCUUGAUGAAUUAAUAGAAAAUGUGUUGUCUUGAAAGGUGUGUACGGAUAUAUGUGGGGCAGUGUGGUGAAAUCAGGCGCUCGUCAAAAUAAUGAAAGUCGAGAAAUUGGCAUUUUCCCGCAGGUUUGGG